CUGUAGCCGAGCGCGAAUGAGCAGUUAACGGUGUGUGGGAACACGAUGGAGGACGUGUAGAUAGCCUGUUAUACAUCUGGAACGCCUUUUUUUGUAGAAGACACAAUGGACGGAUCGAAUUGCUAUUCCCGGGACUACGUGGACCGCUACCUGAAGACCCAGGACCGGUCUGUGGUGAACCAGUUCCAGAGAAGGUUCUGGAAGACCAAGCAGACGCUCAUCAAGGCCACGGGCAAGAAGGAGGACGAGCACGUGGUGGCGUCCGACGCUGACCUGGACGCCAAGCUUGAGGUCUUCCACUCCGUCCAGAGGACCUGCAUGGGUCUGCUGAAGGUGAUCGAGCAGUACCAGAGGAGAAUCUGCUACCUGUCCCAGGAGGAGAACGAGCUGGGCCGUUUCCUGCGGGCCCAGGGCAGCCACGACCGCAGCCGAGCCGGGAAGAUCAUGCAGGCGACGGGGAAGGCCCUCUGCUUCUCCUCCCAACAGAGGCUGGCUCUGCGCCGCCCGCUGUGCCGGCUGUACCAGGAGGUGGAGACGUUCCGCUACAGGGCCAUCUCCGACACCUGGCUGACGGUGAACCGCAUGGAGCAGAGCCGCACCGAGUACCGCGGGGCGCUGCUCUGGAUGAAGGACGUCUCCCAGGAGCUGGACCCCGACGGCCUCAAGCAGAUGGAGAAGUUCCGCAAGGUUCAGGCCCAGGUGAGGACCACCAAGACCAGCUUUGACAAACUAAAGAACGACGUGUGCCAGAAGGUGGACCUGCUGGGGGCCAGCCGCUGCAACCUCCUCUCCCACGUGCUGACCUCGUACCAGACGACCCUCCUGCACUUCUGGGAGAAGACGUCACACACCAUGGCGGCCAUUCACGAGAGCUUCAAGGGCUGCCAGAACUCCAGCUUCUCCUCUCUGAAGUGCCUCCAGGAGCCGAACCAGAGGCAGCCCUCCAAGAGGAAGGAGAAGGCGAGGAGCAGAGGGAAGCCCAGCGCCGAAGCCACAGACGGACAGCUUCUGUCCCGAAAAAAUGGAAACACAGAUGAUGAAUCCACAGAAGCACAGCUGCAAUCAGUUUCUGGAAAGUUAUUUGAAGAUGUGGACAUCAGUAGCCAAUCAACAGGAAGUGAGGACCUUCUCUCAACCAAUCAGGAAGAGGAAGGCGGGGAGAAGGACAUCAUGGCCCUUCUGAAUGACAUCCUGGGAGGAACCACUCUGAAGGAGGGCGAGUUCUCCCAGGAGUGGCGAGAGGUGUUUGGAGAGGGGGAGGAGCUAGGGGAGGGGCUUGGGAUGGAGUCGGGUCAGGUGUCGGGGAGAGGGGGAGGAGCCGAGGGGACCCAGCAGGACGCGGACUACUUCCUGCCGUCUCACCUUUUGGACCAGAGCUUGGAGAGCAUGCAGCCCACAGAUUGGGCCAAGAGCAUUCCGCAGCCCGUCGCCGCGGCAACAAAGCAAUCAUCUGGAGCCAAUAAGAGCCCCUCCAGACCGCCUCCGAAAGAGACGGCGGCGGCGGGCAUAUCCAAGGACCUCUCUGCGUGGUUCAACCUGUUUGCUGACCUGGACCCUCUCUCUAACCCCGACGCCCUGGGCAAGCCAGGGGAACACGAGCUCCACAACGCGUAGGACUAGUCCUCCUACAAGGGCGGGCAUGGGGAGCCUUGGGCCCAUCCCAUUCCUACCCCUUACCCCUACCCCUUGUUUUGAAGGGGUAAGGGGAAGGCGUAAGGGGUUGGGAUUGGGCCUUAGGCCCAUCCCAUUCCUACCCCUUACCCCUUCAAAACAAGGGGGAGGGGUAAGGGGGAGGGGUAAGGAGUAGAAAUGGGAUUGGGCCUUAGAAACCAGCUCUGGAGGACGAAGAUCUUCAGAAACAUACGACUACACUCGAACAUAUGUUUUGAUUUGUUAUGUUUAGUUUUGUUAAAGCUACAUAAACGUACCCACCCCAACAAUUGCCCCCUCCCUCUCUUCUCCACCAUGGAGAAGGUUCAAGUCCAGCUGGGGGGGAGCUGUGAUAACGCUGUGUUCACGCAUUUGAUUGACAGGCAAGAUCGAUUCCCUCAACCAAUCAGGGAAAAGAGGCACCGAUUGGUCAGAUAUUAGCCAUGAUUUUCCUCAAACAGAUUACGGGGCUGUCAACCAUGUCAGAGCAUUUAACCCAGCAAUAGCCUAUGGGGAUGGCUAUGGCAUUUCAAAACAUGACACUCAAAUUAUACCCCUUAAUCCCAUCCACAGCACCUUUGAGUUCGUUCUACCUGUUGUUUCAUGCUGGGCUAGACUUUUUUUUCCCCUGAGCAUAGAUACCUCAGUGAAUGUUUGCUCAAAAACAGCUGCACCUCCAAAGUGACCUGUCAGAGAAAAGAGUUGAGACGCACCCACCCAUUUUCUUUCCAGUCAUAAUUGGAAAUUACAAACACGCAAUACAACUUUUUGAAGCGAAAACAACCAGGUUUAAAAGGUGAAAACAUCCCCACUCAGAACCACAGUGCCCUACUGCGGGUGUGUACACGGCGUCGCUGAGUUCAGCAAGCCCAGGCAGCGUGGAGAGGAGUUAUUGAGAGCCAAGAUACCUCAUGGAAUUUAUUGAAUGGUCCUGUCAGGGCAAACAGCGCUGGCUCCCAACUGAUUUUCCCAGAAAAAUCAACAGAACCUAGAACCGAAAACAUCCAAAGCAAACACAGCGAGUCUGCUGCAGACGACAGGUGUUUCAGUCUUAAAGGGGUAACCCAACCCCUACCGUUAAAAACCAAAAACACUCCAUUCACCGGCUCUUUAUGAUUGGCUCAAAAUUGGCAUCCAUUGGCAUCAAUUUGAGCCAAUUAGAAAGCAGCAGUUGGGAAAACCAGUGUUCCACCGGAGAUUGUGUGGCCCCAGAGGGGAUGUUUUAGGAGUUGACUAUUGAAUGAACAGUUUGCAAUUCCUAAGUUUGAAACCGGUCUCCAGAAUCUUCCAGGAUAGGGAAAUGGAAAGAUAUGUCAUCCAAAGGGAGAUCGACUCGUCUCUCGAUUACAAACCCUGCUAUCGUUUACCAAACCACCCUUCCAGUUUCCUUUGUAUAUAUUACAUUCACCCUUCAUGUUGUACAAAUAACACACAUGCAUAUUAGUCACUUCCCAGGCAUUGUUUUUGAAUAUCUGGAAAGAAAGGACAUUUAUUUUUACUCGAGGACACCAUGGGUUCAGGGUUCUUUCUGUAUCAAGUACUUUUUUUAUACAAAUAUAUUUAUUUCUGCAUGUUGCAUGUCUAAUGUUAAAAAAAAGAAGUAUUGUAGGUGAUAAUUUAGGAUUAUUGGAUUGGGCGGAAAUUCAUUUUUAAGAGGGUAAUUUCACUUUUACUCAUUGGGAAAUAAACGUAUUUUGGCCCACACAUUAUUGCAUAAUCAUGGACCUAUUUUUAUGGGUUAUAAUUCUUCAUGAGAAGAGCCUUAUUCUAACGACCAGUCACACUAAUUUAGCCAUUUUACGCGAUCGAGUGCUCAGACCGAACCACAGGUACAGCAACAGCUCUCGAGAAAAACAGGUUGCCGAAUCUAGUUUAGCAAACAUGUAUUUCACCCAAGUUGUUGCAGCUCCUGCAGUUUCAUUUGAAGUGUUUGGUUGACUUUAUUAUCUCUUAAAAUACUAUCAAGAGGGAAACAGAAUUCUGUUUGGAUAUUCAAGCCAUGUGACAAGUAUUUGUCUGUGUAUAUUAAAGAGUGAAUGUAGCGAUUGGCUAAUUUCUGCUUUCAUCCCACCAUCAAUGAAGAGAACAUUUGCAUCCAGUUAUAUAGUAAAACAUGGGUAAACGAAGCCCACAGGGGCUCAAAGAUGAGCUGAUGAAUUUAAUCGGUUGACCUAUAGCACAUUUCAAUGUGAUGGGUGAACUUUGGGUAUCAGGUCCCAACAUGUGUUGGAAUACUGUACCGACUGUAAAAGCGAAAAAAACGAUAAAACAAGUUUGAAGUUGGGUGGUGUCACGAUUGGUGUUCGCUCAAUGAAGAUGUUUUUUGUGCGAGUGUUUUGUAAGACAGUACCAUCAGGGUGCUUUUUUCUUGUUGACUUUA